GGGGCGCGCGCCCUCUCGCUCUCUCCCAUAACGUCACUGCGCCACCGCGCCGUAAUUGGACAAGGCGCCCCUCCCUCGUCCCUCAACCGGUUCGGCCGUUGGGACGCCAAGAGGCUAUGAGGAGAAAAGGCGGGAUGACUGAAACAUGGGCAAUUCAUGCCGGGAGUUGUAGUUGUUCCGGCUGUCGGAAAAGAGACUUCCUUACCCCUAAUCCCUCGCGCGCCUCCUCCUCCUCAGCGUCUUCGUUUCUUGUUUCUCCUGUCGAAAUGGCGGACCGUCGGCGACAGCGCGCCUCCCAGGACAGCAGCGAAGAGGACGAGUCGGACUCGCCGCCCGGGAGCACCGCUCCUUCCCCGCGCGGCACCCACCGUCUCGGCCUAGCUGGGGGAGACGCCGGGGAGGUCGCGAACGACCAUGCCGAGGCCGAGAACGUGGAGGCGGCCGCUGAGCCGGCGACCGGUGGAGCCAGCCCGGCCGACUCGGAGUGUGAAAGUGAAGAUGGCAUAGAAGGAGAUGCUGUUCUGUCUGACUAUGAAAGUGCUGAAGAUUCUGAGGGUGAGGAGGGGGAAUACAGUGAGGAAGAAACAGCCAAAGUGGACCUGAAGCGGGACAGCAAUGAAGUUAAUGAGUUGGCAACAAAGGCAGACAAAGGGGAUGAAAAACCAGAGCCGAAAGGCACCGUGGCUGGCGAGAGGCAAAGUGGGGACGGGCAGGAAAGUACGGAACCAACUGAGAACAAGGUUGGCAAAAAAGUUCCCAAACACCUGGAUGACGAUGAGGACCGAAAGAACCCUGCGUACAUACCUCGGAAAGGCCUCUUUUUUGAACAUGACCUUCGAGGGCAGACCCAGGAAGAAGAAGUCCGCCCCAAGGGUCGGCAGCGGAAGCUGUGGAAAGACGAGGGUCGAUGGGAGCACGACAAGUUCCGAGAAGACGAGCAAGCUCCGAAAACCAGGCAGGAGUUGAUUGCGCUGUACGGGUAUGAUAUCCGCUCAUCUCAGAACCCUGAUGAGGUCAAGCCCAGGAGAAUACGCAAGCCCAGGUUUGGGAGUCCACCUCAGAGAGAGCCUAAUUGGGCUAAUGAGCGGCCAGGUAAGCCACCACGACACCAGAGCCUUGACAGUACCCCGGUGCCUCCCCGGACGUUCAUCAACCGAAACUCUGCAGGAACGGGACGGAUGCCUCUGCCUAGGACUUUCCCAAGACCUGGUGGCUACAAAGAGUCCCGGCCAAGCUAUCGUGCUGUGGAUGUAAACAGUCAGCGUGCGCCUCGUUUCAGUGAGCAAUCGAAGCAUGAGAACAAUUACCGGGCCAGACGCUCAGAGCCAGUCCCAGCACGAGAGCCUUCUCCUGAGGCGGAGGCCACACACAUUUGCAGCAGCCCUGUUAAAAAGGAAGAGGUUCUUCCAGAAGGCCCAAUUACUCCUGCAGACACUCUGCAGCCACCUCCUGAUAAGCCUGUAGAAAAGAAGUCCUAUUCUCGAGCCAGGAGGACCCGGACCAAAGCCGGCGAGACGGGGAAAUUGGCAGAUGAAGUCCCACCACCAUCAGGGUUGACCCCUGCACCGUUGAAAACUGUAGAAGUCAUACCAUCCUCUUCAUCAGCAAACACUGAGAAUUGGGAGGUACCUGUUGAAGCCAGUCUAGAUGAUCUGGAGCAAGAUAUCUCCCAAAUGAAUAUAACAGAACAAAACUGGAACCAGGGACAGCCCCAAUUCAUGCAACCUCAGGGUAUUCCUAAUCAGAUGCAUAUCGGAGCAGCCCCACCUCCUCAGUUCAGUCGGAUGGAAGAGAUGGGAGUCCAGGGGAGCCGUGCAAAGCGUUACUCAUCACAACGCCAAAGGCCUGUCCCAGAGCCUGCUCCACCCGUGCACAUCAGCAUAAUGGAAGGGCACUACUAUGAUACACUGCCAUUCCAGGGUCCAAUCUAUACCCACAGUGAGAACCCUGCUCCGCUUCCUCCCCAAGGGGUGAUUGUUCAGCCUGAAAUGCAUCUUCCUCAUCCAGGGUUACAUCCUCACCAGGCGCCUGCCCCUUUGACUAACCCCGGCUUGUAUCCUCCCGUCUCUAUGCCUCCUGGGCAGCAGCCCCCACCUCCACCGCAGCAGCUGUUGGCGCCUACUUACUUCUCUCCUCCUCCAGGAGUAAUGAAUUUUGGCAGCCCUGGUUACCCUUACCCGCCAGGAGCUCUCCCGCCGCCCCCACCUCCUCAUCUGUAUCCCAACACUCAAGCCCAGUCUCAGGUGUAUGGAGGAGUCACCUAUUACAACACGGUUCACCAACAGGUCCAGCCAAAGCCUUCUCCUCCCCGAAGAACCUCCCAACCCGUCACCAUCAAGCCACCUCCCCCUGAGGUGGUAAGCAGGGUUCCUGUUAACGUUUCUAAACGCUUUUGAAGGACAGCAGAAAUGAGAAAUCCAAAGAGAGAAACAACACCUAAGGACUCUGCAUUUUGCUGGUUUCAGCAGUGUGGAACGGGCAUCUGUGGCAGGCAGAAGGCAUCUCUUGGGCGUAGAGCCCUUCCUUUCCCCUUGGUAACAGAUGAUGCAAGUGGAUGCAGGCACUCCUGCUGUGCCAAACCAUGUCAGUAUUGAGAUUGGGGCCAGGUUGUCCAUCAGAAGAGCCAUCAGCAAAACUCACAUCUCUUUGCAAUUCCCCCUUCCCAGAAAAAGGUGACGAAAAGACUUAGUCAGGUGUCAGGUUUAUUGGUUCACAAAGAGAGAAAUGGUUCUCCUUGUUCUGUUCCCUUCCAGGUGUAUUGAUUUUUGUGUGUGUGUCGAACUAAAAUUGCCCAAUUCUUCCUUGUGUUCAACUUCCUAUAACUUCUUUACUUUCUUUCAGUUAAACUGGUUGUCUGCUUUUCUUAAGUUGUGUGACUGUUCCCCUUGGCUGUCCCUUCCCAUAAUAUCAUUUUAAGUCAUAUUUUGGGUGUGCUCCAAGGUUCUUGCAUUGAAAUUUAUCUGGGAAAUGGCCACUGAAUAAGAAAACACUGAGCUUUUUCUUUUCAGUUGUCUUUUUGUUUUGUUUUUAACUUCAGAGAGUCAGACUGGGUUAGAAUACGCUCCAGCAGCAGUUGUCAUGAUGCUUAGUUUGGCUGUUUAAACCACAACUUAAUUUUACCCCCAUCUCCCACCCCCAAUUUAAACCUGUUAGAAUAAAUCUGUAGGUAUACCUGUGUGUGGUGAACAGGGGUACAUUGAUCUCAAUGCCUCCAUUAGGAGGCAAAGGGGAGCAUUCUCUUGCCACUGGAAACUGUGCCAGCCCUUUCUUUAGAGCCCGAAGAAAUGGUUUUGCAAACUGCUAGCUGGCUGGUUUGCCCCAUGACAGUUUAGAUUGUGCCUGCCAAGCUGCAUGGCUUCCGUUGAUUUGCCUGCCAUUAGUGCAAUGUUUUUUAAAGUUCACUUUCUGAACUAUGCCAAGGAGCAAAGCUUAAUUGACCAACCUUCUGCUAUGUGCACUGGCUGACGGAGGUAUCCAGAAUUGGACUCAACCUAAAGAUUUUGAGGCACCAUACAAGCCUCUCUGCUUUUUCCAGAUAGUUGUUUCAUGCAUGUGUAGUUUCCUAACUUGAAGGCCCAGGGCUGGUGAACUUCCUUUGUUUAAUAAUCCUUUAAAAUGUUAAUUUUGAACCUUUUUAAGGGGAAAAGCCCAUUUACGUUCUCAGUGUAUAUGUUUUUCCCUCUGCCUUAAUGUUUGAACUGUAACAUAUCGGUCUUGAAAUGUUUAGACCUAAUGACACUGUGAUAGUUUAAGUUUUUGUUAAUAAAUUUUUUUGUUCCUGUU